AUGACUAUUCUGAUUCUUUACUAUUCUCCGCUAGCAAAUUCACCGGAAUCAAUGGCGUUUAGUCCCGAUGCUAAUGCUGAAAGUAAUUCUAUGCCCUGUAAAAAGAAGUUCAGGAAGAGGAUUGUUGAGGCCGAGGACGAUGAAGUUAGACGAGUUAGAGGACGAUCUUCUAAUGACAAUUCUGAUUCAGAAGAAGAGAUUCUUCGGGAUCAGAGAGAUAGAGACGAAUUGGAACGACAUAUCAGAGAGCGAGAUGCUGCCAGGACUAGAAAAAUCGCGGAGCCAAAAUUAUCAAUAAAGGAGGAAGAAGAACAGGCAAACGACAUUGGAACAUUAAGGAAAAAUUCGAGACGAGAAUACUUGAAGAAAAGGGAGAAGAAGAUUCUAGAUGAGCUUAAAGACGAAAUUGAAGACGAGCAAUACUUGUUUAAGGGAGUGAAUUUCACUGAAGCAGAGAAACGCGAGUUAACACAUAAGCAAAAGAUUAUUGAACUUGUAUCAAAAGAUAUUGAUUGUGUGAACGAGUACAGAAUGCCUGAUUCGUAUGAUCAGGAAGGCGGUGUAGAUCAGAAUAAGAGAUUCUCCGUGGCUUUGCAGAUUGACAGGGAUUCAGAUACUACGAGAGCAGAACAAAACGUGUGGGAAGAACAUCAAAUUGGAAAGCAGAGAUCCGAGGAGUAUCAAUUUGUGUUCGAAGACCAAAUUGAGUUCAUUCAGGAAUCAAUGAUGGAAGGUGUUAAUGUUGAUCAAGAGCUUCCAAUUGAGUCGAUACAAAAAUCAGCUCUCGAAAAACUUCAGGAGGAUAGGAAGAGUCUACCGAUUUAUUCCUAUAGGGAGGAUCUGCUCCAAGCUAUAAAUGAUCAUCAGGUUCUUGUUAUUGUUGGGGAAACGGGCUCCGGGAAGACCACUCAAAUACCACAGUAUCUACACGAGGCGGGAUAUACCAAACGUGGGAAGAUUGGAUGUACUCAACCACGUCGAGUUGCAGCUAUGAGUGUUGCUGCACGCGUUUCUCAUGAAAUGGGAAUCAAACUUGGCAAUGAGGUUGGAUACUCUAUACGUUUCGAGGACUGCACAUCUGAAAAAACGACUCUGAAAUAUAUGACCGAUGGGAUGUUGCUACGAGAAUUUCUUGGUGAGCCUGAUCUAGCUAGCUAUAGUGUCAUUAUGAUUGACGAGGCUCAUGAAAGGACGCUUUCCACUGACAUUUUGUUUGGCUUAGUUAAGGAUGUAGCCCGAUUUCGACCUGAUCUGAAGUUGCUUAUAUCAAGUGCUACUCUAGAUGCAGAGAAGUUCAGUGAUUAUUUUGAUUGUGCUCCGAUUUUUAAAAUUCCUGGAAGGCGGUUUUCAGUUGAGAUACACUAUACGAAAGCUCCAGAGGCGGAUUACAUGGAUGCAGCAGUAGUGACUGCUCUUCAAAUCCAUGUAACUCAACCACCUGGUGAUAUAUUAAUCUUUUUGACAGGGCAGGAGGAGAUUGAAGCUGCGGAGGAGAUCAUUAAGCACCGGAUAAGGGGUCUAGGUUCAAAAAUCGCUGAGCUGAUCAUUUGCCCGAUAUAUGCAAACCUGCCAACAGAAUUACAAGCCAAGAUAUUUGAGCCUACUCCUGAAGGGGCUCGUAAAGUUGUCCUUGCUACAAAUAUUGCUGAAACAUCAUUGACAAUCGAUGGGAUUAAAUAUGUCAUUGAUCCAGGAUUUGCUAAGAUGAAGUCUUACAACCCUCGAACGGGUAUGGAGUCAUUACAAGUCACUCCUAUAUCUAAGGCCUCUGCCAACCAACGAGCUGGUCGGUCUGGUAGAACAGGUCCUGGAAAAUGCUUUCGAUUAUACACUGCACAUAACUACAUGAAUGAUUUGGCUGACAACACAGUCCCGGAAAUACAAAGAACCAACCUUGCAAAUGUUGUGUUGUCUCUCAAGAGCCAUGGGAUUGUCGAAUUAUUGAAUUUUGACUUCAUGGACCCUCCACCAUCAGAAGCUUUACUUAAAGCACUCGAACUUCUCUUUGCCCUCGGUGCCCUUAAUAAGCUUGGAGAGUUAACAACAAUCGGUAGAAGAAUGGCAGAGUUUCCUCUAGAUCCCAUGCUGUCCAAGACGAUCGUUACCUCUGACAAAUACAAGUGUUCAGAUGAAAUUAUAAGUAUUGCUGCAAUGCUUUCUGUGGAAAAUUCAAUCUUUUAUAGGCCAAAGGACAAACAAGUCCACGCUGACAAUGCACGUUUGAAUUUUCAUACAGGCAACGUGGAAGAUCAUAUCGCGCUGUUAAAGGUUUAUAAUUCCUGGAAGGAGACAAACUUCUCAACACAGUGGUGCUACGACAAUUACAUCCAGGUCCGAAGCAUGAAGAGAGCUAGGGAUAUCCGAGAUCAAUUGGAAGGCCUGCUGGAGAGAGUAGAAAUUAAGUUAACUUCAAAUGUUAAUGACUUAGAAGCUAUAAAGAAGUCUAUAACAUCAGGAUUUUUCCCACACACAGCGAGACUACAAAAGGCUGGAUCUUAUCGAACUGUUAAACAUCCUCAAACAGUUAACAUUCACCCCAGCUCAGGCUUAUCACACGAGCUUCCUAGAUGGGUUGUGUACCAUGAGCUGGUCUUGACGAGUAAGGAGUAUAUGCGACAGGUUACUGAACUGAAACCAGAAUGGCUUGUAGAAAUAGCUCCUCACUACUAUCAGUUGAAAGAUGUUGAAGACUCUAGCUCAAAGAAAAUGCCUCGCGGAAUUGGACGUGCACCUUAGAAACAACUCCUAUUUUUUGUAAAGA